UUUGCUCACACAAUAUGCAAGGGCAUGGCUUCAGAAGGGCCCGUCUGGCCCAGUCGCUACCGCUCAAUUGUAAAGCUUUGCCAGACGGGAAAGGCGUGAAGGCUACUCGCUGGCUUGUGCGUAUCGUGUAUGCUGCCAGGAGCUGCUGUCCUCGGCCUUUGGCGGAUACUAAGCUACAGUACAGAGCGUCUUCCCGAGCGCGAAUCCUGCCGCUACCGGAAUCGCAUGCUCACACUGCCUGGCUCUCUUCUUCUGGCACAAUACGAGGCCCGACUCCAUCCCCUUACUGCCCUCUCUCUCUCGGCCGGAUACCGACAAGCAACUCUGAUGCACAAGGGUCGAAGGGCGAAAUGUCUACAUUCGGCAACCGUUCCCGCCGCGUCGCUGGCGACUUCGACGCCACAUGCGCUGUUCGUGCUGCUUUUUCUUCUUCGUGCUACUUUCCCUCCCCGGCUGGCUAUCGAUGCGAGCCUACAGCGUCACUGCCGAGUGCUGCAACGUGGGCUAGCCUCCGCUGCUCCUGUCCGUAGAGGACUGUGGCGCGUGUGCGCGUGCGCGUGGACUUGCUGAUGUUGCGCGUACGCAAAAUGAGAUGGCGCCUGCCAGCUGCGAGGACGGCGCUGUACACGCCCGCCCUAUCUGGCCCAGGUCCAUCUUGCCAGAUCCCACUCCAUCUGGCCGAGGACUCUAUUUCGAACACCUCCUGCUUCCCUGACGCCUCCCCGGGCUCUUGGACCGUGGGAACGAUAGCUUUGCGGGGAGCCCAGAUAUAGUGACCUUCACAGGACCCCAAAGGGGCUUGUGGCCCAGGCAGGUGACAGCAGACUGAGACCUCGAUCACAAACAAACGUUUUGGUACCUGUCCGAGGUAGAGAUAGUGAGGCAAUUGUUCGCGUGAAAAGGCGCACGUUGAAAUCUAG